UUCCCUUAUCCUGCAAGUCAUCAAAUUCUCCAAAUUGCACUUAAGAGAAAAUUAACUUUGGUUCCUCUAUAUUCACUAGCUAGGAAAUAAUGGAUGGUUCAUAUGUACAAGAAGAGAGUGGAUGGACAACUUAUUUGGAGGACUUUUCAAUGGAAAAUAAUAACAGGGAAAAUAGCUCUUGUUCUGAGAAUGAUAGUUUUGGUAGCCCUUCUUUGUUGUCUGAUGCUGCUUCUCAUGCUGUUAAUUGGAAGAAUUGUAACAGUACCAAUAAUCAAGUCUUGAAUUCAUAUAAUUCUCCUAUGGGUGGCUCACCUUUUCUUAAGAGAUUGAAUUUGAAGAAACCAAGGAACAAGAAAAUCUCUGAUCCUGAUUUAGAAGACACUGCUAGCUCGCCUGUCAACAGCCCUAAGGUAAGUAGUUUUAAGCAGAUGGACAUCAAUUACCGAAGAGCAGAUGGAAAUUUCCUGGGAAAUAUUGAAAGUGGUUCUACGCAAGAUGAAGAAAUGCAAACUGUAGAAAGAAAUAGUGUGUGUUUUGAUGGAAAAAACAAUAGCUAUAAGGACCUGAAGAAAAAGGGACUCUGUUUAGUGCCUUUGUCCAUGUUAGUCAACUAUCGAGGCUGAUCAUCUCCUUAAUUCUUUCAUCUCUCUCCAUGUAAAAAAUAUCAUUUUCUGUUAUUUCUAGGGAAAGGAAUGUAUUAUAUGAAAAAACUGGCAAAAAGAUUAAUAAAAACAUAAUUGUGAAAGUGGUACUUAGUUCUUUUCUUGCACGUGUUAGUUAUUGGACAGCAGGAAGGUUCCAAAUAUUUAAUGAAAUGUGU